UCAUUCGCGCUCGAUGUGUUGUCGGCGGCGAUGUGACAACUUGUGUCGGAUGCUUGUCUAUGGGAGUGAUCACUUGCGGUUUUCGGGUAUCGAAUAGUGGUUAAAUAUUUAUAUCCAGUUAAUUAUAGAAAACCAUUGAAAUUAUCGAAUGACAGUGAAUAAAGUUAUCUCUUAAAUAUGGCGUUGGAGGGUGUGAAAAGUGAAAAAAGUGAGGAAAACAAUACUAACGGGCCGGACGGCAAGGCGAAUGGGAUCGAAAACAAAAGUAAACAGAUCGAACCGAACACAGCAUUCCUCCGUGCGGCGCGCGCCGGUCAGCUCGACACGGUGCUCGAUCUUCUGGACACCGGCGCCGUCAAGGAUAUCAAUACCUGCAACUCGAAUGGACUCAACGCAUUACAUCUAGCAGCUAAAGAUGGUCACAUCUCAGUUGUAGAAGAACUCCUAAAGCGAGGAGCGACAGUAGAUGCUGCCACAAAGAAAGGUAACACAGCGCUACACAUAGCAUGUCUUGCCGGACAAGAGGAUGUGGCACGCGCGCUGCUCGGCGCGGGAGCACGUGCGGACGCGCAAUCCGCGGCGGGGUUCACUCCCCUGUAUAUGGCGGCGCAGGAGAACCAUGCCGGUUGCGUCAAGAUGCUGCUUGCAGCUGGAGCCAGCCAGACACUCGCCACAGAGGAUGGGUUCACGCCGCUAGCGGUGGCGAUGCAGCAAGGCCACGACCGCGUUGUAGCUGAACUGCUAGAGUCCGACACGCGCGGCAAGGUGCGCCUGCCCGCGCUGCACAUCGCCGCUAAGAAGAAUGAUGUCAAAGCCGCCAUGCUAUUGCUGGAGAACGAGCACAAUCCGGACGCGUGCUCUAAGUCCGGCUUCACACCGCUGCACAUCGCGGCGCACUACGGCAACGUGGGCGUGGCCAAGGCGCUGCUGGCUGCGGGCGCGGACUCGGCGCGCGCCGCCAAACACAACAUCACACCUCUACAUGUCGCCAGCAAAUGGGGACAACUCGCUAUGGUCGACUUAUUAGUUGAAAAUGGUGCCAACAUCGCGUCAGUAACUAGGGAUGGCCUAACGCCGCUGCACUGCGCCGCGCGCUCCGGGCACAGUAACGUGGUGUCGCGGCUGCUGCAGCACGGCGCGCCCAUCACUAGCAAAACCAAGAAUGGUCUAACGCCUCUCCACAUGUCCGUGCAAGGCGAACACGUGGAGACGGCGCGCGCGUUGCUGGCGGAGGGCGCGCCCAUCGAUGACGUCACCGUCGACUACCUCACCGCGCUGCACGUCGCUGCACAUUGCGGACACGUUAAGGUCGCCAAGCUAUUACUAGAUAGAAACGCAGAUGCAAACGCACGAGCACUGAACGGCUUCACUCCGCUGCACAUCGCCUGCAAGAAGAAUAGACUCAAAGUUGUUGAAUUAUUACUCAAGUAUGGUGCAAGCAAAUCGAGUACGACGGAGUCAGGUCUGACGGCGCUGCACGUGGCCGCGUUCAUGGGCUGCAUGAACAUCGCGCUGGUGCUGGUGGGCGCGGGCGCGGACGCGGACGCCGCCACCGCGCGCGGGGAGACGCCGCUGCACCUCGCCGCGCGCGCGCACCAAACAGACCUCGUCAGGGUGCUGCUCAGGAAUAACGCCAAGGUGGAGGCGCGUGCGCGCGAGGAGCAGACGCCGCUGCACGUGGCGGCGCGGCUGGGGCACGCGGACAUCGCGGCGCUGCUGCUGCAGCACGGCGCCGACGUCGCCGCCACCACCAAGGACCACUACACGCCGCUGCACAUCGCCGCCAAGGAAGGUAAAGAAGAAGUGGCAUCUAUCCUGUUGGAGCACAACGCGCCCAUCGAGGCGGAGACCCGCAAGGGGUUCACGCCGCUGCACCUGGCGGCCAAGUACGGCGACAUGGGCGUGGCGCGCCUGCUGCUGGCGCGCGGCGCGCAGCCCGGCGCCCCCGGCCGCAGCCACAUCACGCCGCUGCACAUGGCCACAUACUACGGACAUCCCGACAUCGCGUUACUGCUUCUCGAUAAAGGUGCAUCUCCUCACUCUUUGGCUAAGAAUGGCCACUCCGCGCUGCACAUCGCCUGUCGACACAAUCACCCAGAUAUAGCCUUUGCUCUUCUCGAACAUGACGCAGAGCCGAGUGUGAAGUCAAAGGCGGGCUUCACACCGUUGCACAUGGCGGCGCAGGAGGGCCACGAGGACUGCGUGGAGAUGCUCAUUGAACGCGGAGCCGAUGUAAACGUACCAGCUAAUAAUGGUUUAACGGCGGUACACCUAGCGGCAUCAGAAGGUCGUACGGCGGUACUAAAGGCGCUGCUUGCGGCGGGCGGGCGCUGCGGCGUGCGUACUCGGGAUGGCUAUACGCCGCUGCACGCUGCUGCGCACCACGCCCAUCUGGCGGCUGCGCGUACGCUACUCGACGCCGGUGCUGACGUCACAGCACGCGCAGCACACGGAUUCACGCCAUUGCACCAAGCGGCACAGCAGGGACACACGCUGAUAAUACAACUGUUGCUCAAGAAUAAUGCUGACCCCAACGCGUUAUCUGCUAGUGGGCAGACGGCGUGCGCGCUGGCGGACCGGCUGGGCUACAUCAGCGCGGUGGAGGCGCUUCGCCCCCUCACCGAGAACACGCUCAGCCAGGCCGUCGGAGACAAUGGUGGAUUGGAAGGGAAGUACCGCGUUGCUGCACCUGAGCUCAUGCAAGACACAUUCAUGAGCGAUUCGGAAGACGAAGGAGGUGAAGUGGAGUGUCCCAUACAACAGCAACAGCAGUACCGCUACAUGGCGAGCGAGGCGGGUACUCUGCAGCGAGCGCGGCCGCUUGCCGCAGACCACACCGUGGCUGAUGGACAUCUGUGGCCCAGCAACAAUGAUAAGAAGGUCGCCACUAUUGAACGACAGCCUGUUGAUAUCGGGUUCCUGGUGUCGUUUGUGGUGGACGCUCGUGGUGGUGCGAUGAAGGCGAAGAGACGCGGCGGAGUGCGCAUUAUAGUGCCCCCUGCAGCUUGUGCUGCGCCCACUAGAGUUACAUGCCGUGCGGCGACACGUCGUGCUCCGGCCGCGGCGCCGCCCCCACUCAUGGAAGGCGAAGCCUUAGCCUCGAGAUUGCUAGAACUACAACCACAGGGUGCUAAAUUUUUAGCUCCGGUAAUAAUCGAAGUACCUAUCUUCACGGCGUCGUGCGCCGAGCGCGAGAUCGUGGUGCUGCGCUCCGACACCGGGGACACCUGGCAGGACCACUACCUGCACCACAACGACAACCCGCUCAUACAGGAGGCUCUAGCGCGCGAGCGUCAGGAGUACGGGCCGAGCGGCGAGGCGCUGGGCGAGAGCGGCGAGCGCGUGACGCGCGUAGUGACGUGCGACUUCCCGCACUACCUCGCAGUGGUGUCGCGCGUGCGCCAGGAGGUGCACGUCAUCGGCCCCGAGGGCGGCACCGUCUCCAGCGCACAUAUACCGCAGGUCCAAGCGCUGUUCCCCCCGCAAGCGCUGACGAAGCGCAUCCGCGUGGGGCUGCAGGCGCACGGCGCGGCGGCCGAGCUGUGCCGGCGCGUGCUGCCGCGCCACGCCGCCGUCUCGCCCGUGCUCACGGUGGAGCCGCGCCGCCGCAAGUUCCACCGCAGCAUCACGCUCACCGUGCCGCUGCCGCACCAGGGCGCGGUGCACGACAAGGCGUCGACGGCGACGCUGCGCCUGCUGUGCUCCAUCAUGGGCGGGCAGGCGCGCGCCGUCUGGGAGGACGUCACCGGCUCCACGCCCCUCACCCUCACAGAGGACUGCGCCUCCUUCACCACCACCGUCUCCGCCAGGUUUUGGCUCAUGAAUUGUCAAAACGUGAGCGACGCAACUAAAAUGGCUACGGAAUUGUACAGAGAAAUGUUAUUGGUGCCAUUUGAAGUACGCAUUGUAGUACUGGGCAAGCGACUUGACGCGCUGGAAGGCAGACUGCUGGUACUCUACAUUACUGACAGAUAUGCUUACGACACGCUUUUAAAACAGGAGCACUACACGGAGAUCGCGCACUCGACGGCGGUGCGGUUCCUGGACAGCAAGGAUGUGUUCCUGGAGUUCUCCGGAAACCUGGUGCCCGUCACCAAGUCCGGCAGCCAGCCCAUGUUCACCUUCGAGGCUUUCAAGGACAACCGCGUGGAGUUCACAGUGCGCGUGAAGCACCACGAGGAGAGCCCCGCCGGGCGACUCUACUUCAUGAACGAUCCUAAGGUGGCGAAGGGCGAGCAGUCGCAGACGCCGGCGUGCGUGCUGGACGUGCAGCUGCCGGAGCGCAUCGCGCCGCGCGCCAAGAGCCACGCCGACUGCCUCAACCUCGACCAGUCCGGUUUCGACGCUCUAAAGGACGAACUGAGCUUCCACUGGGGAGACCCCAACAACAGCUUGGGGCCGGCCUCGCUGCCCGGACAGGGCGCCCAGCUCAAUGGACAUGACAAAAUUAUCACUAACGGAAAUGUUAAAUAUCCCACAAGUGAUGGAGAAGACAAGGAUACAAAGCCUCAAGUGAACGGCGGCAGUUUGCAUGUUGACUCCAACAAAACGAAAGCAACGUUUGAUUCAGACGAAGAUAAAACGCCAAUGAACACCUUAGAGAAAGGCAAGAAGAAACCAGAAGGUGGUUCCUUCUUCGGCGGUAUAGCGGACAAAGUGAAAAAUGUAUUCAACUACAGCGACGACAAGGACGAAGAUGUUAAAGAAUCGUCACCUAAACCGGAACCGCCGCAACCGCAGCCGAAACCACGAGAAACUAAAGAAAAAGAGAAAACCCCACCGAAACCUGCACCUAGACUAAUCACAGAAGAUUUACUUGAAAAAGUAGAUGAUAUGUUCAAAGAUAUCAAACACAAACCACAUAUAAAAGAUGAGGAUGAAUUAGACAGUCAUAUAUAUUCAACAAAACUAAUCGUUGAUGAAGAAAGCGAUCGCCCAUCGGGACUUGACAAUAUAACAGAAGAAGUCUACCAACAAUACGAAAAUAUGCAACCAGUAGAAACUCCAGGUUGCUGCAAGACAUCAGAUCCAUUCCAAUUUUACACAGGAUGCUGUGAAGGAAAGUACAAGAAAGGACAAAAACACCGACACGACGAAACUUCCAAUCUAGUAGAUAGAGUCGAACAGAUAAACUUCACGGCACACGAGAAACUUGACGACUUAUCUGAUAAAGUACAAAAUAAUAUUAAAGAUGGAUUAAAUAAGCUUGAAGAAGAAAAAGACGGCAUAAAAGAGAAAACAAUUGAAGCGAGUGAAGAUGUAAUAGAGAAAACUGAUGCAUUAAAGAAAGGUUUAAAAGAAAAGGGAGACGAAUGGAAAUCUUCCAUCGAUGAAAAAGCGAAGGAAUCUGAAAAUGCAUUAAACGAUCAGUUAAAUAAAUUAAACGAGAGAGCUAAUGACAAAAAACAAGCGAUUCAGUCAAGUAUUGAAGCAGAAAUCGAAAACGCUAAGUCCUCCACUAAAGACACUCUGAGUCAAUUAGCUGAAACAACUAAUCUCGCCAAGAGUAAAUUGGAAGACAAAGUUCACGAAGUUGAUUUCGCAACUCGAGAGAGAGCUGAACAAUUGAGACUUGCCGGUCAAGAUAAAAUAAACAACUUGGAAACAAAUAUAUCAAACGUAAAAGAUGCUGCAAAUGAAAAGUCUAAAGAUAUAAGUGACAAGUUAAAUAACGUACAAGAAAAUUUAAACAACAAUGUACAAGAUCUUAAAAACGACUUGAAAACGAAUAUUAACAACGCCAAAGACAAAACGAAGGAAAAAAUAAACGAUGUUAAUGAUGCUGUGAAUAAUGCCAAGGAUAAAGUACAAAAAACUGCCGCUGAUACUAAAGCAAAGGCCGGAGAAAAGAAAGAACAAAUUGAAACUGAAGUAAAAAAGAAAAAGAAGGAAGGUAAGAAUUUCUUCACUGGUCUAGUGCAUAACAUCUUCGGAGAGAAAGAUAAAAUUGAAAACGAAAUAAAAGAAAAGGCAUCCGAAACACAAGAGUAUACAGAACAACUAGUCAAACAGGCAUCCGACAAAAAAGAUGAAAUAAGCGAAAAAAUCGCCGAAGGUAGAGAAUCUGCCGAACGGUUAGCAAAAGAACAAAAAGAUAAAGCCAAGGAAAAGAUAGCGGAAGCGAAAGAAACUAGUGAUGAUUUAAUACAAAAGGCAUCAUCUAAAAAAGAUGACAUUGAAAAAAAUCUGAAAAAGAAGAAGGUAGAAAUAAGCGAAAAUAUUGAACAUGUAGUACAAGCGACUCAAGAUAAAAAAGAUGAAGUACAACAGGCAUUAAGAAAUCAGAAAGAUGAAGCAGAAAAAGCCUUUAUAAAUAAGACAUCCGAAAUCAAAGGAGCUGUUGAUGACAAAAAGAAGGAAUUAGAAAACACAGUAGAGGACAAAUUGGAUAGUUUGAGGCAUACAAAAGAUGAAGUACAAAGCGAAGCGAAGAGUCAACUAGAAAGGAUAUGGCAGGAGGCUGUGGAAACUACGGAAGAGAUUAAAAAAUCUGGCGAAACUCUAGCUAACACAGCUGCUAAUAAAAAAUCCGACCUACAGAACAACGUGUCAGAUAAAAUGGAAAAACUAAAAGAAUCCAGCAAAGAUGAGAUUGUGUCAGUACAAAAUGCAGCAAGUGAUAAAUUAAACGAUCUGCAAGAAUCAACCUUAAGUGCUUUUGAUAAAGUCGAAAGUGCCGCUAAGGAGAAGGCUAACGCCGCUAAGGAGAGUUGGGAAGACGUGCAGAGCUCGGCGCGGGACACGUACGCCGACAUGAGAGAUGACGUCACCAGUCUGGAAAGCUCUGCACAGGAUACACUGCACAGCUUCCAAAGCUCCGCAGGAAACACUUUCGAUAGCUUGGACGAGUCUGUUAAAGAAUACGUCAGUGGUGCUUCAAACACAUUACAAAACGCCGAAAAUAACUCUAAAGAGUUAUUCGGAGAUGUGAAAAAUACUUUCGAAGGGUUCCAAAUAUCUGCUGAUAAUAAAUUAGAGGAUGUUAAAACAUCCGCAAAGGAUAGUCUAGAAGACACCGGUGCGAGACUGGGAGAGACUAAAGAGGCUGUGAAGGAGGACUUGAGAGGUGCUGAAGAGAGUGUUAUGAACACAGUAUCGAGUGGCGCUGAUAAACUGGCAAGCGGUUUUGAGGCUGUAGGAAACUUUGCCCUCGGAGCUUUUGACCAAGGUGUAAAGAAAGAUUCAUCGACGAAACUUCUGGAAUCUGAAAAGGCGCAAUCUUCUCCACAUAAGAAAAGUUCAGGAUUCUUCUCAAAGUUACGGCGCAAUCAAUGAAAUUAAAUUUGAAUGCGGCAUCGCUUCAAUAGAACAUAACUACAAAAAUAGUCGAAGUAGCAAAUAAGUGUUUAAUCUGUGCAUUUUAGGUCACAUUUGUCGUUUGUAACAUUUUUACAAACCGUAAAAAUCCGGCAUUUGGUGACACAAGUUAAUGCAAAUUUUGCAAUAAAAUAGAUUAUCUACCAUAAGGUAAUUUGAUUAAUGGUUAAAAAAAUUAAUUCUGUCUCAAUUUUAGAGUAGAUUUCUAGAAGACACUAGAUAUUUUAGACAGCUAAAUAUCUGGCCUUUUUUAUGUGCUAUUUUUAAAUUUUAAUUUACUGAUAUUUGAAAAACUGUUGAAUCGGUGCAUACAAGUUUUUGGUACUAUUUCUUUCAAAUUUAGAAAAUCAAAUAUGUAUACUUGAAUGCAAUUAAUUACAUUAUUCUUAAGUUAUAUUUUUAACUUACUUACUGGUCUCUAAAUUUGGAUUAAAAACUUUGGACUUCCAAAAAAUAUGCCUAAUAUUACAAAAAUAUAACCUAAAAGAUCUUUGUAUUUUUUUUAAUAUCUAUGCUUGAUAAAUUACGUUUUCGUAUAAAGUAAUAAAUAAGUAAAAAGUAUAACUUAUUUUCGAAUAAUGUGAAUAAAAAUCAAUUGCAAAUUGACCCUUUUUCUUCCAUUAUUCGUAGAGUUGAUGCGCGUUUUAUCGAAGUAUAAAAUUGGCUACGCAUCUAAAUGUACUGCGAAAAGCAAAUAGCGACUGAUUGAAUUUUGUAACAUCCUGUAAUCUUUGUAUCACAAAAUUUUAUCCAUGCACUAAAAUAAGCUCUUUUUGUAUUAUUUUUUAAAUGUCUUUGUUCUUACGAUUUAAAAUUUAGAACUAAUUUUUGUAUUAAUUCCUCUAUAUGUUGUAAAUGUCUUAAUACACUUUAUAAUUGCAAUAAUUUAAGUCUUUGGUGUUCACUAAUUUCGUAUGAAUGUAAUGUAAAUCGAAAUGAAUUGAGUGCUUGACGGUGGUUAGAAAUGUUGGUUGGAGCGAGACGAACAUAUACACGAUACUACAUGUGUAAAAGAGACAGAGCAUUAUGUACGUGAGGAAUCAUUGUUGCCAACUUUAAAAAUAUGAAGGCCGCUUGUAAAAUUGAUAUGAAAUAUUAAAAAGGGACUUGCCGCCUACAGAAUGAAAGGAUUUUGCAUGUAAUUGAAAUAAUAGUUAUAAAAUAUUUAAAAUUUUAUUGACCCUAUAUUUUAAAUUCUGAAAGUACUGUGAUGCCAAAUAUAUAUGUAUAAUGAUGUUUAAUUGUAAAGUUGAAUAUAAACUUUUGUUGUUUUAUUAAUAGAGUCUAUCUUCACCCUAUUUAUUGCUUUUUAGUAAUAAAUAAUUAUUGCGAAAAA